AGUUAUCUCAUUAAUUUGUUUUUGUUCCGUAAUCACUUUCCAUUAUUCUUCAUUCUCACAAAAUAAAGAAUUCAUCUUCUUUUUUAAGUUUUACCUUCCACAGUUUCCCGCUCGGUCCGUCACGCCGCCACACCCUUGGGUUUUUCGCACUUCCAGCAGGGAAAUCAUCUUAGCUACGAGCCCUGAAGUUUAGUGGAUAAGUUGGAAUAGAUAGGAUAAAAAUGGAGUUUCCACCUUCUUCCUCCACUACAAUGCGAUCAAACGACACCGUUUUCUACGCUAUAUACCCCGAUUCCCUCACCACCACUACAGCCACCACCCUCCAAUCCCUCCACCUCCAAAUCCUACAAACCAUUUCACCCUUAACCACUGACUACAUCUGGCAACACCAACCUUUCACCCUGUCUCUCUCCAUUCCCCCAAACCCUACCUCCUCCAACCUCCCUCACCUCCACGGCCACCUCCGCUACGGCGACAACCUUGACGACGAAUGGUUCACCGUCUUCCUCCUCUUCCACAUAUCCAGCCACUUCCCUUCCCUUUCCAUCCGCGUUUGGGACUCUGAUGGUGAGUUUCUCCUCAUCGAAGCCGCCUUUCAUCUUCCUCGUUGGCUUGACCCUGAAAACUCCGACAACCGUAUCUUCAUCCGUAACGGCCAUAUCCACAUCAUCCCCCGUAACCGUCUCCCUACCCCUUCCCUAAUGGAUUCACUUAAGUUCCUAAUAACCUCUGAGUCCGAAUCGCGAGCCUCUGAACAGGUUCAGACCGCUGUUAUGAACCGGAUUAAGGAUUACCCAGACCGAGCUAAGAAGAAUAUGCAUACGGUUAGGGUUAGGGUUCCGGUGUCGGUUGCAAUGGUUCUUAAACACGAGCCAUGCUUGAUUUCAUUGUCAGUGGAAGGUUUCUACGACAGGGACAUUGAUUCCAUGAAAUUUGCGGCGAAGAUGGAGAAAUUUUUGGGGAAAGGGAGGGAGGAGGAGUUGGUUUGCGUUUGUGUGAAGAUGUCCAGGGCUAUGUAUGCCCAGCUUGUUCAGCAGACAUUUCGGGCUCCAAAGGUUUAUCCGGAGCUCCCGAGUAGAGACCAUCGGGAGGAGUAUGCAGAGGCGGAGUUGGGGUUGAAGAUUGCUUGUGGGAUGGAAAUGAUGUAUCAGCAGCGGAAGCGUGACGGGGUUGAAGGGAAGGGUUCUACUUGGGAAGCGUUUAGGCAGAGCUUGGAGAAAAGUGGUUACUUUCAAGGGUUGCUUCCAGGUUCCAGUGAGUAUCAGAGGUUGAUGCAAAAUGCUCAAGAGUAUUUUAGAAACACUUCUCUUCACUCCAAAGCCAGUGACCUGAUGAGUGCUCCUGUUAGACGCAUCGAUGAAAUUCUUGCUUUGCCUUAUUCAGUGGACGAAUUUAAAGGCCAGGAGUUUCCUCCAUCUGACGAUGAUUCUUGGCUUUACAACGGAGAGGAAGAGUUAAAUUCUGCUCUUAUGGAAAGACAAAAGGAGAUGGAACUUUAUGACUUAAAACACAAAAGUAAAGGGAAAGAGAAAAAGGGUCAAGAUACUGGUUCAAAUGCUGAUGAGUUUGAUCCUAGUGAUGUAGCAAAAAGCAUGCGAGCAUUUGUUGACAUGGUGUCAAGUUUUGAGGGUGCUGAAGCUCCUGAAGACAGGAAUAAGGAAGUGAACUUUGAUGUGGAUCAAUUUUUCAAAGAGAUGGAAUCAGUAAUGAAGCGUCCAGGUGAAGCUGACAACAGUAAUAUUGAAGAAGGAUCAUCAUCUGACCUGGACUUUGAUGAUUCUGACGAGAGUGAUGGGGUUGAAUCUGCUGAGGAUAAUGAUGACGAAGAGGAUGCUUUUGUGCAGUCUUAUUCUGAUGCUAUGAAUGAACAACUAAAGGCAACAACCCUUCAGAAAAGUUUUGUUCGUGCUAGUGAACAAAUUCCAAAGAAGGAUGAGGGAACAUCACAUGCAGCAGAAGACAUGGAUGAGGACUUCUCUCCUGUAGAUGUGGAUGUAAAUUUAGUAAAAAGCUUGCUUGAUUCCUUUUCUUCCCAACAAGGGCUUCCUGGUCCUGCAUCCAAUUUGCUUGGGCUCAUGGGGGUGCAGUUCCCACAAGAUGCUAAGAAGAGCAAGUGAUGUUAUGUUGUUGCUAGAGUUUUUGCCGAGGUUUCUAAAGUUGAUGGGUUCUCAAACAGGGUAGUCUCCAUGUGAUGAAAUGUUGCAUAACCUGUUAAUCAGGAUCUUUUUUCCGGAAGGUAGUCACUUAGUCGGCUGAUACCAUAUUGGGAAUGCCUACUCUCAAGGUGAUUGUACCAGGUGUUGGCGCUAGAUUGGUUAAGAACUGUGUUAUUUCCUUGCCUUGUUUGAGGGAAAAGCAAGAGAACCUAUUUAUAGAUAUAGUAAGUUAUCUGGCCUUGCUAAAUUUGAAAGUAGGAUAACCUUAUUUUAAAUAUAUGUAAAUCAGAAAAAGGGUUAUUAUGUUGAAUUAUUACGCACAAUUUGGAUCGUGUAUGGAAGUUUCAGAAUGAAUUAAACCCUACAGAAGGGAUAUCUGCCAGGUAUUGCUGGUGUUUACUUGCAA